CAGCGCCGCUCCCUCGCCCGUCCUCCUCCGCCUGCAGCCCCGAGCCGCGCCGAUCCCCCUGCCCAAAGCCCGGCCUCAGCGGCGUGCACUCCGGAGCUGCAUCUCCGAAAGCGGUCCUGCUGCGUCUUGAGAUUUGGCGGAAGGAAGGAAGAAGAAAGGAAGGAAGAAGCCCGAACGAGAGCCAGCCACGCAGGCAUCAUCAGCCCUGGAGGCAGGCCCCCGCCGUCGUCCGGGGAUCUUGGAAACCCUGCGGUUCAUCAUGAAGUUCCAGUAUAAGGAGGACCACCCCUUUGAGUAUCGGAAAAAGGAAGGCGAGAAGAUCCGGAAGAAAUACCCGGACAGGGUCCCUGUGAUCGUGGAGAAGGCUCCUAAGGCCAGGGUGCCUGAUCUGGACAAGAGGAAGUACCUGGUGCCCUCUGACCUCACUGUUGGCCAGUUCUACUUCUUGAUCCGGAAGAGGAUCCACCUGAGACCUGAGGACGCCUUAUUCUUCUUUGUCAACAACACUAUCCCCCCCACUAGCGCUACCAUGGGCCAGCUGUAUGAGGACAACCACGAGGAAGACUACUUUCUGUAUGUGGCCUACAGCGAUGAGAGUGUGUAUGGGAAGUGAGUGACGGCAGCCCAGCCGAUGGGAGCCUGGACUCGGGGGUAGGGGGAGGGAUAUGUGUGGGAUGUGGGGAAGAGAUCGAUAGCUCCCACCAUGGAGAGGAGACAGAAGGUGAAGACAUCUGGAAACACUACAACCGCACACAUCGUCAUCGUCAUUGUCGUCGUUGUCAUAUUUUCACCUGCUCAAUUGAUAUUUUUUGCUGCUUCCUCGGCCCAGGGAGAAAGCAUGUCAGGACAGAGCUGUUGGAUUAGCUUUACUCUAGGAAUGGAGAGGAUAUGAUUUCAUAGCAUUGCUGCGAAUUAAUUUUUGUGUGAUUUCUUUUCUUCUUUGUUUUUUAGAAGAGUCGGGAGGUGGGCAAGUUGGGGCCAGAGAUGAUUGUGGAGUGGCAUCAUCUUUCAGCUCUCCCUUCUCUUUGACAUUUGCAUAGGACAGCUGGGGAGGUGGGAAGGGAGGGGAAUGAUUUAGAAUUACUGGUAGUGGACCAUUCCUGAGGACCAAAGGAGACACAUUGUAAUUCAAACAUUGUGCCCCAUCUCUCCUCCUUCUCUUCCCCAUCCCUCUCCCCCUCCUCCUCCUCCUCUUCCUCCUCCUCGCCACAUCUCCCCCAUCCCAGUCAUAAUCUCACAGACAUCAAGCACCACCCCAGUGAUGGGGAUAGAUGUCAGAUAGAAAUUUAGAUGGAGCUCACUUUAGGAAAAUAAGAGCCAAUCGUGAAGGACGUGACAAUGAAGGUAGUUUUGAUAGCAUUAACUGGAAUUGAUGAAGUAUUGAACAUCUCUGCCUAACCUGCUCUCUCUCUCUAGUGCCCCUCAUCCCACCCCUACCGUGGACUUUAAUGAGCCUCAGCCAUUUCCAAUUAACAGACUCCAUGGAUGUCCUCCCUCCCUGCUGUUUCUUCUAAGUGAUGCUAAGUGAUGGCCAGCUGCUUCCCUCCUGUGGUUUCCAUUUACUGCAGCUGCUAGUUAGGAAAGUUGGAGAGGGUGACUUGUAGUAAUUCGUGGGGCUUCUGUUGAUUCUGAUUAUUUUCACUUUAGGGGUUCUUCUGGGUGGGGGUGGGGAGCACUCAGUCAUGACAUUUCAGCUCAUCUCUGCUCAUGAAAAGGGUUCUUCGUGGGGGAGGGGAAUCUGGGUGUUGAUUCUGUCAGCUGCAGGUUCUUGUGUAAUGUUUAUGCUGUCAGGCCAAGGAAAUAAAGUCAUUGUAUACCUU